GGGUUUUAAAUAAUCUUAAUCCACCUGUGGUCUGUGUGGUGUAGGUGAAGACUGUUGACCUCUCCAGGCUGCCUCAAGUUGCAUCUUCAGCCUGGACCCAGUGCAGUUCGCAAGGUCUCUCAGCCUGCGGCCCCCAAGAGCCGCUCUCCUCACAGGCACAGGCUGGCUCUGAAGUGAGUGAAAUAGGAUAAAUUUCCUUGACUCAGGAAAAGGCAGGGUCAAAGAAUUGAUUCCAAGAUGAUUAAGAAUAAUGUUACUGACCAUAAACUAAAUGUGGAAGCCAUAAUUAAAAACAUUAACACAAUUUCUUUGGAGCUAAAGAAAAUGAAUGAACUCUCCCAGUUACUGCUUUGUGACCUGACCCUACAUUUUAGUCAUCCUGUGAAGACAGAUGACUUAAAGGAAACAGAAAGAAACAGCCCCCACUUUGAAGAGUCUAAAAUGCCAGAUGUAUCCCUUGCUUCUGAUAGUUUUUAAUCUGAUUUUUUUAUUUAUAUGUUGUAAAUUUGUGACUUUUUAUUGUUGAAUUAACUCAUUUCUAGGAGAAUUGAGUUUACUAAUAUAUUCAAUUAAAAAAAUAAAAAUGUGUUGAAUUGUAAA